AAACAUCUAUAGAUAGAAUGAGCGAGCAUAUGUUUCCAAAGAGCGAUGCUCUUAUCAGUGAGGGAGGUUCGCCUACGCUGCUGCCCGAGGGUUAUUUCCCUUUUCAAGAGGGCAUCAAAUGGGUAUCGGAUCUCAUGGAAAUCGAGGAGGGCGACGCGGACUGGCAGCUGGAUGCUGAGUUCAUUUGCAAGCGGAUCCGCGAAGUUAUGUGCAAAAAGGAUGCCAUCUAUCAAUACGUGCUGGAGCAUCUUCUAUCCACGGCCACCUUCUACAGGGGCUCCAAAAUCGAUGUGCCAUUGGACUUUGAGCAGUACUUGCGCUUCUUUAUGCCAUUCCCCGUGACUCCCAUCUUCAAUGACGCACAUCCGGGCUACAUAAACCUCUAUGCGCCCACCUCGCAUCCAAUGAUUAUCAAAGGCUAUGUGAAUCCGGAGAAUGUGCAGCUGCUGCUGCGUGGCAACCUGCGCGAUGCCAUCACCCAGAUCAAGUCCGUCUACUGCGACAGCGGAGUCCACUACAAGCUCAGCUACCGCACCCACGAGAUCGGGGAUCAGGGCUUCGUGCACGAGAUUUUGGCCUGCGAGAAGCGUGAGUCCGGCAUGCCGAGCAUCAUAUCUUUCGUCUUCCUGCCGGCCUUGCAAUUCAAGUUCGCCGACUUCCCGCUGCCGCCGUUUGUGCCCCUGGGUCCCGCCUGGGCGCAUUGCAACAACAUCUACUACUGGCUGGCUCUGCUGCAGGUCUAUCCGCAGUACGAUAAUCGCAGCUUCUGUCCCUAUGUGCCGCGCAUGCAGUUCAUACAGGACGAGCGCAUGCUCAAGUAUCGCAAUGUGCUGCGGCUGCUGGUAAAGAUCGGCAUCGGCAACAAUAUACCCGAUAUAUCGGAUAUAUUCGUGCUGAAGGGCUUGCACUUCUUUCGGCUGCGCUACAGCAUGAGCUGCGACUGCAAUCUAUCUCUGGCCACGCUGUUUAUGGAGCUGCUCAACAUUCACACACAGAUCAUCUACAACGAUGCCAUGCAGAAGGUGCUCGCCUUUGGGGGCUGCCAGCAGCACUGCCUGCAGGAGGCGCUCAAGCUGGAUGCGAUCGCGCGCAACGUCUCCAUGUCCUACUACACGAACUGCGUGCACCUGGAGCAGCUGAAGCAUAUGUUUGGACUAAUAUAAAGAAAACGGCAUUGAAUUACAAAUU